GCCUCUCUUCUUCCCUCUCCUCCUGCCUCCUCCCUCCUCUGCUUAGAGGAGCCAACUUCAAAAGCCGCCUGCUGGAUUGCCUGGAUUGUUGGGCCUGGUGUAGCAGCACUUCCCAUCUGAGGACCCCAGGACCAUGUGUGUGACUGACUGGCGGGAGUGAGGGAGGGCAAGACCCUGAGAGGCCUAUGGUGAGCAGCUUCGGGCCUCUGGGGAGGGGGCACACUUGGCCCAAGAGGCUGGGAGCAAGCACAGUUGGAAGACGCUGGUUGUGCCCCUGCUGCGCCCCACUGGGAAAUCCCCGGUUGGUUCCCAUCAAGGAGGCUGACUUGGGUGCAUGUGCCCUGGCCUUCCCGGCAGCUGUGGGAGGGAGUCGUCUGGUGCUGAGCCACCCUGUCCUCCCACAUGGUGCUGAGGCUGACCUUUGGGUGGGGGUGUAGACAAGACAUCUGGGACUGCCCAGACGGCCAACUUGGGGCAUAGCAGGUACUGAAUGUCCCUUUGGCAACUCCAGCCUCUUGCUUAGGACUCAGGCUCUUGUUCUCAGUGUGGCCUCUGACCCAAAGCAGGCAGGAUGGGUGACGUGGCAGUUGUUGAAGUUGCUGAGUUGCCAUAGCGUGUGUUGGGGGUAGCAGUUUAAAAGGGGCUCACAGCAAAGUGCAUCUGCUUUUCCAGCCAUUACUGCCUCAUGCUGUGGGCAAGAGCCCCCCCCCAAAACACCCAGCUCUAGGUGAGGGUUGGGGUGCUGCUUGUUUCAACUCCCUGCAGGCUGGGAAGCCGAGUCCUGUCAUCUUAGUCGGUUCGCAUGAUCAAUUUCCAGCCCCAGAUUGGCUGGCUGCCUCUACACUGGGACAGGUUUGGGGGCUGGUCCCUUUGGAGUGGAUAGGAAUCUGGAGCAGUUGGCUGUCUCCUUAGUGUUCGGGCUUCUUCCCCUUGAUGACAGUCUGCUCUGUUCUGGGAGAUGGCAGGAGAGGGUUGCUUGUAAGUACAGGAAGCUUUUGGGGUUGGUUCCAACUGUUGAUUGGGGCUUGAUGUUGGUGGCCCCUUUCCUCCCCUGUCAUUUCUGGGGUCUCCGACCCCCUUCAAGUAGGAUGUAUGGCUGGGAGCUCUGAGCCCUUGCCUCAGUUGGGUUAGGGGUGCAGGGAGACCCUAGUUCCUGUGUCUUGUCUCUAAGGACCUUUCAAUGGGGGUGGGAAUUGCUGAGCCUUAGGAGCAGCAAGCUCUAGCCCAGCUCCGGUGGGGAGACUGAACUGCAGUUGUGUGGGAAGGUAUGGGGCUGGAUUGGCAUGGCCAGGCUAAGGCUGUACUGGGACGACUUCCUGUUGUAACCCUGAGGGACAGCCCCCCUCCAGCUGUGCAGAGCUGCAACCUGCCUGCUGCAGUCUUGAGGCACCACCCCUUGCUGACCUAGCUGGCAUGGAGAUCACAGCACCAAGCUCUGCGGCCUCUAGACCUGUUCCUUUUUUGGGGGGGGGGGGGUUCUUUAUGUUACCUCUCAGUGAAAUGGCCUCUCCACCCCUCAUCACUCACCCACGAGUCUUCACAGGCCUAUCUGCUGCCUCAUGGAUUUAUCCUGCCCAGCCUUUGCCUGGAGCCCUUGCCUGGACACCACAGUUCCAUUUUGUACAGCGAGGGUCCCCUGGGCGCAGGCAGGGGGAAGGGCCCAGAUGCUGCAGGUCUGCUUCCUGUGCCGGGAGGCCAACUUGGUGUCUCCAACAGGUGCGCACCAAGCCUGUGCUCUGGGCACUGCUGCUGGUCCUGCUGCUGGUGCUACUGGGGACCGCGCCAGGCAGGACUCGGCUUCGUGCCUGCAGCGUCCCUGACAUGCUCCGCCACUACCAAGCUGUCAUCUUUGAGGACCUGCAGGCCGCCAUGAGGCAGGUCGGGCCAGAGGCCAAAGGGACCUCGCCAGGCUCUAGACACGUACAUUUCAUUCCGAAAAACCUGACCCUGACCGAAGCCAGGGGGUUAGGGCGGCGGGGACAACCUAGGGCCUCCUGUGGUGCCCAGAAGGAGCACAGUAUUUUACUGUCUAUCACGUCCCUGGGUCGGACACUGCGCGGGGUGAUAGGCGGGCGCCGCCGCGGGGCGCUGGAGAAAGCGGCAUGGACUGUGGCUGUGCGCACCGAGGCAGUGAUGCGGCGCUACUGCAGGACGCUGCACCAGCGGAUUAUGCGGCCCAAGACGCGCCCUACUCAGCGUCGCGGCGGCCAAAGGCAGCUCCUGCUGCGCGCCCUGGAUGCCGUCGCCACCUGCUGGGAGAAGCUUUUUGCGCUGCGUGCUGGGGCCACCGGGGCCCGUAGCAUGGCCCAUCCUGCGCCCCGCGCGACCUAGCAGAGCUGCAGCUAGCGUGGAAACAAGCCUCGCCUGAUGACGUUUGUUGGGGACCUCAGCCCUUCCCUCCACGCAGCCAGCGCUCUCCCUCCACGCAGCCAGCGCUCUCCGGAGGGUCCAGGAUGUGGAGAAGGGAGCCCCACCCUCAGCUCGCGGAGUGACGC